AUGCCGGCCGAAGCAGAGCACACUUCUGGUGAUGCUCGGAAACGGGCCGUGGCGGUGGCGGAAUUUGCAGAGUUCGUGCACGCGCUGGAAGAGUUCCACAGCAAGGCCGACCACGACGUGCUGGACGCGCUCCGAGUCGCCAAUAACGGGAGGGUCGGCCGGGUGUUUUCAGAGGCAGAUGCUCAUGUCUUGGAGAUAGGAGGGGCGUCCGGCGCAGGAGCUCCCGCUAUCCCCGUCGCUGACUCCCCGCCACCGUCUCCGCUGGUCGGGGCCGCCGCCUCUCCUGCCCCCCCCAAGGCAGAAGAGGCGCGGCUCCCUCCCCGCUCCUCGCGCCGCGGCAAGCUGCGGGUACGCGAUUCCAACGUCUCAACCGCAUCGCAACAAGAGACUGCCGCCGCCGCCGCCGCCGAUCGUGGUAAGAGACAAAGGACAGCAGUAGGGAGGAAGGAAAGCGGUGGUCCUGCUGCUGUCCCACCAUCAGCGCAAGACGAGGCAGGAGCAGACAAGGAGAAUCGGCCCGCCGCCGCUGUUGCCAAGGGGAGGGGUCGCCCUCCCCUCCCCAAACGCAAGAAGCUUGGCGGUGGUAACGCUAACCCUGCCGAUGCGGACGGGUCUGUGCCGAAGGCUGAGCCCGUGAGGAGAUCCGGGCGUAACUCCGGCCUUCCGCCCGAGCCGACCGAAGGCAGUCGCGCGCGUGGCGGCAGCAUCGUCCGGGCGCCCAACAGCAGCGGCGACGGCGGCGGCUGCACCCAGGACAACAGCGAAACAGGGGACAACGGCGAUACCAGCAGCAGCCGUGAUGUGGCCGCCGCGGAGAUCGCCGAGCUCCGCGCCAUCAAGGUUUCGUCAAUGAAGGUCGUAGACCUCAGGGCGGCGUUGCGAAAGCUGGGAGCGUCCGCUGGGGGGCUCAAGGCGGUGCUCCAGGUCAGGCUCGAAGAGACCAUCGCCGCGCGCAUCUCCGAACUCGAGACCUCCCUGCCGACUAUCGAAGGCGACCAGGAGGAGGGAGAACAAGAAGAGCAACGGGAUGCCCCCGCAGCGGGCGCUGCAGCAAGCUCCGAGGACGCAAGUGCUGACUCGCGGUUGCCAUCCACCAGGUCGUCGGUGGCACCGGGGGUUGCUCUAGGGCCGCUCACCCGCCUCUCGAUGCCGCGGUUAUCGGCAGAGUCGGCCGCAGUCCCCUCCCCUGUGCGCGCCUCGCCGUUCUUUGGGGACGACUCGGAGCAGCAGCAGCAGCAGAAGCAGCAACAGGAGGAGGACGCGUCCACCGCCGUAGCGGUGGCCGCGGUUGGUGUUGAGGGUGCUCCGGAAGGCGCCUCCGGUGCUCCUGAGAGUGGCGGCGGAGGGGAUGGUGAUGAUGGCGUCGAAGAUCUGAUGGAUAUCGACUCGGAAAAGCUUGAGAGCGAUGAUGACAACGGGGAUGACAUCGAGGAGAUGGAAACGGACACGUCGAAGACAGACCAGCUUGGAGUUCCGGUAGAGGAGGUGGCGGCAGCAGGGUCAGCACGGGAGGAAGAAGUUCCCGAGACUGGUGCGUCGGGUGAUAUGGAGGAAAGCGAGGGGGAGGGUGGUGCCGACCUGCCGUUGUCACCGGUGCCGGAUGCUGCGUCAGGAGUACCAGCUGCUGCUGCUGCCGCCGACAGCGAUGCGGUUCCUGUCGCCGAAGAGGUGACGGAGAUUGUUCAGGAGGUCGCCCCGGUCGACGUGUCCGGCAACAUGGUGGGGGAAGAAGACGAGGAAGAGGCGGAAGAGGGAGAGGUGGUGCUGACAGAAGAGGACAGGAAAGGCCUCGCUGAUAAGGAGAGCUGGUCGCUAAGCGGGACUGCUGUGGAAGGCGGGGCAAAGGUAGAGGGCGAGGCGGCGGGGGCCGGGGAUGUCUCGGCGAAGGGUAUGGCAACGGAGGAGGAGAGGCCGAACGGAGAGGCGGCCAUCGAGGAUGAGAUGGAAGUUGAAGAGCCCAGGAGCGAAGAAGAAACUCCGAAAGACAUCUUCGUGCCCCCCUCCCUGGAGGACAAACCGGUCGGGCAUGGCAGUGUUAGCAGCAGCAGCGGCACCCAGAGCUUCCCUUGCAAGACUCCCGGCAGUGCGGCAGUCUCCAGGUCGUCGACCUCUCUCCUCAGCUCCGGCGGAAGCUCGAUUGCGAACGUUCCCAGGAACGACUCGGGAGUUGGGCCGCCAGGGGGUAGCGGUGGCGACGUCGUCGGCGGGAAGCGCGCUCGUCCUAUCGCGGCCCAAGAAACACCGGGCAGCGCGGCCGGCUCUGCUGUCCCCUCGAGCGUCGGGCGGAGCGGCGGAGGCGGCGGCGGGGGUGGCGGCGGCAAGAGGCCCAAGACCGGCAAGGAGAAGGUCAGCCUACAGGAGAUCAUGUCCCAGAUGAGAAAGACGUACGCGAAGAAGGGCGGCACUCCCGGCGCGGCGUCCAAGGCGGGUAACGCAGGAGCCCGCAAGGCGGCCGCUGAUUUCAUGGCGACUCGGAAGCCAGAGGUAGUAGCAGCGGCAGCACCGGCGGCGCCGGCAGCUGUCCCCUCUACCCCGGCCUCGAAACCGGACGCGCGGAGUGAGGAGGCGGUGGCAGCGGCGGCGGAAGCGCCUCCCGCCCCCGCCGCCGCCGGGCCCACGUCGGCCGAGCCCGCUGCGCCUUCGGCGGCGGCGGCGGCGGUCGGCAAACCCUCGAACUUGAUCACCACCCUCCACUCUUUCACGUCCGUGCUGUCCAAGAAGAACCCAGCCGCCGCCGGCGCCGCGCCCCUCGGCAAGUGGGACCGGCUCGCGGCCGGCGCCGGCGCUAGCUCGAACGCCCGCACGGUACCGGCGCUGCGGAAGGCGGAGGAGGCGAGGCUCCUCGAGGAGAGGCGCGCGCGGGAGCGGGCGGCGUCGCGGGGCGAGCGCGUGACGCCUGGCGGGGCAACGGGGAGGGUGGGGGCCGCGAAGGCCUUCACCACGCAGGCAGCGGCGGCGGGAUCGAAAUUGGCGGGGAUUCCAGACGGAAAGGCAGUACCCUCGGCAGGCACCGGUGGUGCUCCUUCCCAGCCGCAUCUCGCCCCCCUGCGUGUCACCGGCAUGCUGUCCAAGCUUGUGCCGGGGGGCGUGGCCGGACCAGCGGGGGUGGGGACGGAGGCGACAGCGUUGCCCCCGUCAAGCAGGAAGGUGUCCGACUUGUCUUCGUCCGACCUGCCGGAGCCGUUCCGCCGUUCAGAAGACCUGUUCGUCGGAGGGGCGGCUGCUGCUGCGGCGGCAGCGGCGGCGGCGGAUUGCGACAACGCUAGCGUUAGGUCCGCCGGCAGUACAUCUUCGUCUUGCUUUUCCAUGGGGGUUAGCUCCACGGCGGGUGGCCGGCCCAGCAGUACCGUGUCCUCUUCGGAGCGGGUCGAGAAGAAGAUCAGGGACCAGCGCGCCAAGAUCGCGCUCAAGCGUCAGGCUCGUAUGGAGAAGAUUAAGGCGGAGGAGGCGAGAAAGAAGGUCACCCUUAGGCGUGGGAGUUCCAGCUGGGCGUGCCAGUCCUCUUUGUUGUUCAGGCUGUCGGCAAAGUUGUCUUCGUGUGGGUUGUGGGUUCUCCACUCGUAUGAGCUUUGA